CGGUGGAUAAAGGAGAGUGUGGCAGAGCAAGAGAAUACAAUAUCAGCAGAUAUGGGAUCAGGUCGGAGAACCCAGCUGUGGCUGCUGGCCCUUCUGGGCUGUUCUAUUGUGGCUGGUGUAUCUUCAUCGAAGGUCAUGUCAGCCCCCAACGUGUUGCGAGUUGGAGCCGUAGAGAACAUCUUUGUGGAGUGUCAAGACUGUUCUGAGGGAGACAGGGUCGAAAUCGUCGUAAUGAACCAUCCUACCAAAACCAAAAGGCUGGCAUCCACAUCUGUGGCCCUUACUAAGGCGAAGAAAUUACAGGAACUCGUAGAAAUUACAAUCCCUGCUGCCGACUUCAAUAAAGAUCCCAACAUCAAGCAGUAUGUGUACCUGCAAGCUCAGUUCCCUGGUACAGAGCUGGAGAAAAUCGUCUUAGUGACCUUCCAAGCUGGCUACAUCUUCAUCCAAACUGACAAGACCCUCUACACCCCCAACAGUAAAGUGUUUUACCGGGUUUUUGCCAUGACAGCGAGCAUGAAGCCAAUGGAGAAGAAUAAUGCAACCAAUGCUGAUGCUUAUAUUGUCACUGAGAUUGUGACCCCUGAUGGCAUUGCCUUAUCACAGGAGGAAGUCUCUCUGAAAUCAGGAAUCCACUCUGGGCAACACCAGCUUGGUGAAAUUGUCAGCUUUGGGGUGUGGAAGGUGGUAGCAAGGUUCCAAAGUAACCCCCAGCAGAGCUACAUUGCAGAGUUCGAGGUCAAAGAAUAUGUGCUACCCAGUUUUGAGGUGAAACUGUCGCCUGAGAAACAGUUUUUUCAUGUGGAGGAUAAAGAGCUCACCAUCAACAUCAAUGCUAUGUAUCUGUUCGGUAAAGAAGUGGAUGGGACUGGCUAUGUGGUGUUUGGAGUUAUCUGUCGGGAUCAGAAGAAGAGCUUUCCGAAUUCUCUUCAGAGAGUGCCGAUCGCCAGAGGUGAAGGGAAAGUCAGUCUGCAGAGAGAGCACAUCACACAAACUUUCCAAAACAUAACUGAGCUGGUGGGGUGCUCCAUAUAUGUAGCUGUCAGUGUGCUGACGGAGAGCGGUGGUGAAAUGGUGGAGGCAGAGUUGAGAGGGAUCCAGAUUGUCACAGCACCUUAUACCAUCAACUUCAAGAAAACACCCAAAUAUUUCAAACCAAAUCUGCCCUUUAAUGUUGUGUUGGAAGUUGUGAAUCCUGACGGCUCUCCGGCCCAAGGUGUUUAUGUGAUGUUGAAUCCGGGAGAAAUGGGUGGCCUCACUGAAGCCAAUGGCAUUGUUCGGCUUCCCAUCAAUACAAAUGGAACAGCUGAACCGAUGCAAAUUACUGCAAAAACCCAUGUUACCGGUAUUAGCCAAGCAUCCGCCACCAUGAUAGCUCACCCAUAUACCAGCCAAAGCAACAGUUACAUCCACAUAGGAGUGGAUACAGCUCAGGCAAAAAUGGGAGACAAUCUGAAAGUCAGCAUCCACCUCAACCAGUACCAAAAAGCACAAGGCCAGAUUACAUACUUGAUCCUGAGCAGAGGUCAACUUUUGACAUCUGGCCAAUACGAAAUAAGAGCGCUGACAUCCAUGUCAGUCGUCAUUAGAAAAGAAAUGCUGCCAUCUUUCCGCAUCAUAGCCUACUACUUUACAAAUGACAAUGAAGUAGUAUCAGAUUCCGUGUGGGUGGAUGUUGAGGACUCCUGCAUGGGCUCGUUGAAGCUGGAAUCGUCCAGACCUGCUCCAUCAUAUGAACCUGGCAGGAUGUUUCGUCUGAAGGUCACAGGCGACCCAGAGGCCACAGUGGGACUUGUGGUGGUUGACAAAGGUGUCUAUGUCCUAAACAACAAGCACCGCCUCACUCAGAAAAAGGUAUGGGAUCUAGUGGAGAAGCAUGAUACAGGCUGCACACCUGGUGGAGGGAAAGAAAGCAUGAGUGUGUUUCAUGAUGCUGGGCUGCUGUUUGUGUCCAACAAGGGUUCUGAGACUCCCUACAGACUAGAAUUGAACUGUCCAGUUUCCAGAAGGAGGAAACGAGCCAACACCAUACUGGACAUCAGGACCAGCUUAUUGAGUAAUUACCAAGAAAAAAAACUACGCGAGUGUUGUAUGGAUGGCAUGAGGGAAACCCCCCUCUCAUACAGCUGUGAGAGGCGUAGCAAGUACAUAGUGGAUGAUCCAGCCUGUGUUGAGGCUUUCCUGCACUGCUGCAAGAAGCUGGAAGAGAGAGCUGAGACAAAGGAAGACAACCUCCUACUGGCACGCAGUGAGGAGGAUGACAGUUACAUGGAUAGCGAUAACAUUGUUACUCGCAGCAAGUUUCCUGAAAGUUGGCAGUGGACAGAUAUCACACUGGGUGCUUGCUCUGGACAAAUACCAAACUGUCGCAAAUCAAGUGAAUUAACAAUCCCUUUGAAGGACUCCAUCACAACCUGGCAGUUCAUUGGCAUCAGCCUCUCCAGAAAUCAUGGUAUCUGUGUGGCCGAUCCCUUGGAGGUAAUUGUGCGUAAAGACUUCUUCAUUGAUCUCAGGCUGCCUUAUUCUGCUGUCCGAGGAGAGCAGCUAGAAGUUAAGGCAAUCCUCCACAACUACAAAACUUACGAGAUCACUGUGCGCGUGGAUCUACUUGAGGCGGAGCAUGUGUGCAGUGCAGCCUCCAAGCGUGGGAGGUAUCGUCAGGAGGUCAAAGUUGGGGCAGAGACUACACGAUCUGUUCCCUUCAUCAUCAUUCCCAUGAAAGAUCGAGAAAUCCCCAUUGAGGUCAAAGCAGCUGUGAAAGACUCGGGGCUCUCUGAUGGAAUCAGGAAGAUGCUGCGGGUGGUGCCUGAAGGCAUGCUGAUAAAAUCUGUUAAGAGUAUAACCCUUGACCCUGCUAAGAAAGGUGUAGAUGGCAAACACGAGGAGAUUAUGAACAGUGACAUUUCUAUGAAAGACUUGGUUCCAGGCGUAGCUACUUGGACAGACAUAUAUUCGACAGGAAGAGAGCAGAUAGGUGCACUGGUGGAAAACGCCAUCAGUGGGAAAUCAAUGGGUACUCUGAUCCAACAGCCCUCAGGCUGUGGAGAGCAGAACAUGAUCAGCAUGACUUUACCUCUCAUUGCAGCCAUGUAUUUAGACAAAACCCAUCAGUGGGAAGCUGUGGGCUUUAAAAAACGUCAAGAAGCCCUUCAGCACAUCGAGACUGGCUACCAGAACGAGCUUGCUUUCCGUAAAGGUGAUGGGUCUUUUGCUGUGUUCCCGGAUCGUGAAAGCAGCACCUGGCUGACAGCUUAUGUCACCAAAGUGUUUGCCAUGGCCACCAAUCUGGUUGCAGUGCAAAACAGCACCAUUUGUGACGCUGUCAAGUUUCUGAUUUCCAAACAGAAAGAUGACGGCACAUUCAGAGAAGAUGGAACGAUUAUCCAUGGAGAGAUGAUUGGUGAUGUGCAAGGUAAAGAUACAGAUGCCUCCAUGACGGCCUUCUGCCUCAUUGCCAUGCAGGAGUCGCGCACUAUAUGUAAUGACACUGUUAAUAAUUUGAAAGAAAUCACAAACAAAGCAGUAUCCUACCUGGAAGGACGUCUGCACAGUCUCACCAACUCAUAUGCUGCUGCGAUGACAUCCUACGCCCUUGCAAAUGAAAACAAACUAAACAAAGAGAUCCUCUUCAAUUUUCGCUCAUCAGAUUCAACCCACUGGCCUGUACGCGACAGGCAGCUUUUCACACUGGAGGCCACAGCUUAUGCUCUUCUAGCUUUGGUCAGAGCCAAGGACUUUGAGAAUGCCAGACCUGUUGUCCGAUGGUUCAACCAACAGCAGAUAGAUGGCGGAGGCUAUGGAUCAACUCAAGCUACUAUAAUGGUGUACCAGGCAAUAGCUGAGUACUGGAUCAGUGCUAAUGAGGAGGAGUAUGAAGUGAAUGUGGACAUUAAGAUUCCAGGAAGGUCAAAGCCUGUAAAGUUCAACUUCAACAGAGAAAACCACUACGCCACCAGAACAGCUAAGCUCAACAGAAUAAACCAGGAUUUGACAGUGUCUGCCACAGGAUCAGGAGAGGCAACAGUAAAAAUGGUGUCGCUGUAUUACACUCUGCCAAAAGAAACGGAAAGUGAUUGUCAGAAGUUUAACCUGUCUGUGCAGCUCAAACCAGAGAACACGAAUACAAAUGAGAAGAUAUACAAGUUGAUAAUAAAGAUUUUGUAUAAGGAUGCAGAGCGUGAUGCAACCAUGACAAUCUUAGAUAUUGGCUUGUUAACUGGCUUCAUUGCUGACCAAACUGACCUGAAGGCUCUGUCUGAGGGCCAUGCCCGUACCAUCUCAAAGUUUGAGCAGAACACAGUCCUGUCAGAAAGGGGCUCGCUCAUCAUCUACCUGAAUACGGUUUCUCAUACUGAACCAGAGGAGAUCGCUUUUAAGAUCCAUCAGAAGAUGGCAGUGGGAGUCUUGCAACCAGCUGCUGUGUCUGUCUAUGAAUACUACGAUCAUCAACACAAUAAUCAGACACCUUGUGUGAAGUUCUACCACCCAGAGAGGAGAACAGGAAAACUACUGAAGCUCUGCACAAGUGAAUGCACAUGUGCUGAAGAGAAUUGCAGUAUGCAGAAGAAGGAAAAAAUCAGUAAUGAUGAGCGCACACCGAAGAUCUGUGAGACUCAGCAGAACAGCAAAAUAGAUUUUGCAUACAAAGUGAGACUGGAAGAUUUUACAGAGAAGUUGUCUACUGACAUUUACAAAAUGCGGAUUGUGGAUGUCAUCAAAGAAGGGAGUGAUGAGUGUCAGCCAGGGAGAAACGGGAGUAGAAAAACCUGUGACGUGGGUCCUCUGGAUAAACUGCGAGAAUUCCUCAGUUUUCAGCACUGCAGGGAUGGUCUAAAUCUGAAAAUAGGCAAGACCUACCUUAUCAUGGGCGUGGCCCAAGAUAUUCGCAAAGAUGAAGAGAAUCAAUCGUUUCAGUAUGUACUUGGUGAGAGAACAUGGAUCGAGUACUGGCCCACAGUUGCAGAGUGUCAGACUGAGGAAUACAGACCUACCUGUUUGGGCAUGGAGGACAUGGUCGAAGCUUACACAAUCUUUCAGUGUCUUGCCAAGUGAAAAAUAAAAGGAUUACAUUUGUUAUGCAGAGCUGACCAUCAUUUCAACAUUGUCAUUUCAACAAAUAUCUCUACAUCUAUGGAUGGACUGGCUGAAAAUAUUGUCCAAAUAUUAAUGAUUCCCUGAGAAAAUGUAUUUCAAGGAUUUUAGUGACAACCUUACGUUUUCUCUAGUCCCAUGAUGCUGACAUUUAUGGCUUUGAGUAAAAUAUAUCAACAACUCUUGGAUGAACUUUAAUUAAAUCUGAUACAAAUAUUGAUAGCCUCUCUAUAUCAUUUAUAAAAAUGUUUGUGUUUGAUUAACUUUGUAUCAACACCACUACAUUUUGACCACUGAAAAAAUGUGUUAAUUUGUCCUUAACUUUGGUGUAUGAUUUAAAAACUUACAGUACUAUUCAGAUUUUCAUCACCCUCAGCUGGAGGCCUAGUUUUGUUUUGUGCUAAUUAGCAACUGUUAGCAUGCUAAAAUGCAAAACUUACAUGGUAAACAUUGAAAACAUUAAACUUGCUGAACAUCAA